AUGUCAGAUGAAGAAGAUCUGGAAGAUUUUGAGCCAGACCAGGAAGAUCUGGACAGGGAGGACGAAGAUAAGGAGACAGAAGAGUGGGACGAAGACAGGAAAGAGGAGGAAGACUUAUCAGAGGAAUGGAUGCCGACACCCCUCACUGAGGACAUGAUGAAGGAAGGGCUUUCUUUGCUCUGUAAGACCGGCAAUGGAUUGGCCCAUGCUUAUGUCAAGCUGGAGGUUAAAGAAAGAGAACUGACAGACAUCCACUUGCUGCGAAACUACAUCCAUCUGCGUUAUGUGGAUAUUUCUGAGAACCAUCUGACAGACGUGUCCGCACUCAAUCACCUCACCCACUUGCUCUGGCUCAAGGCUGACGGCAACCGGCUGCGGAGCGCCCAGCUGAGUGAACUGCCUUACCUGCAGAUUGCCAGCUUUGCCUAUAACCAGAUCACUGACACGGAGGGCAUCACUCAUCCUCGUCUGAGCAUCCUGAAUCUCAAAGGGAACCACAUCCGCUCGGUGACAGGUCUGGACCCCGAAAAGCUGAUCAGCCUGCACACUCUGGAGCUUCGAGGGAACCAACUGGAAACCACAAUAGGAAUCAAUCUUCCUAUGCUGAAGAACCUCUUCCUGGCCCAGAAUUUCUUGAAGAGGGUGGAAGGCUUGGAUAACCUAAAGAACCUCACUACCUUGCAUCUUAGAGACAACCAGAUUGACAGUCUGACUGGCUUCUCCGAGGAACUGAAAGCACUGCAGUACCUCAACCUGAGGGGCAACAUGAUCUCCAACCUGCAGGAGCUCACCAAGAUCCAGAACCUGCCCAAGCUUCGAGCCUUGGUGCUGCUGGACAACCCGUGUACAGAUGAGACUGACUACCGCCAGGAGGCCCUGGUGCAUAUUCCACAACUGGAACGUCUGGACAAGGAAUUCUUUGAGGAGGAGGAUCGGGCUGAGGCCAAUGAGAUUCGCCAGAGGAUGAGGGAGGAGCAGGAGCAGGAUGCUGAGGGUGAUAUGGGACCGGACCAGCCAUAG